AACAGUAGGUUUGAGUUCAAAAACGUUCUGCAAACGUAGUUCGCAUGUUGGACCGGAUAGUUUUAUAACUAUUUUUGUAAUAUAUAGUUGUUUGUGGAUCGAGUUGUUGGACCGACGUCUCGAGACACACCAUGGAGAACACAGCAAACAUCCACUACACAUCCCUAACGUCAAACUAUUCGUUCACAUUGUUCAAGGAACUCAGUAGUUCCGUUGAAGGCAACGUUUUCGCGUCUACAUACAGUAUACAGUUUCUGUUGCUGCUUUUGGCCUUUGGAUCAAAGUCUAAGACUAACGAUCAGCUCAAAAGUGUUUUACACCUUUCCAAAGACAAACCACCAAAUUAUGAAAAUAUCAAAGCGAUCAUCACAAAGCUCGAAAUCCCUGGUUAUUUGACCGUUGCUAAUGGAAUUUUCUCGGAUAAAGCUUUCAGUUUAAGUACAGAUUACACGAAAAAUACAGAAAAAUAUUUAAAUUCUGAAGUGAAAAGUGUCGAUUUUUCUGGUAACCCUACAUCCGGGGAAUUAGAAAUAAAUAAAUGGGUUUAUAACAGAACCAAUGGAAAAAUUUCCGGAAUUUUCAAACCAGGUGACAUUAACAAGGACACAGUGUUGGUUUUAGCGUCGGCCGUACAUUUUCAGAACAUUUGGAAACAACAAUUCACAGAAACGAAAAAAGCGAGCUUUUGUCUUACAGCUAAAAACCACAUCAAUAUUACAAUGAUGCAUCAAACCGGUCAAUUUAAGUAUUACAAGGAUAAUCAUUACAAGUUCUCCGCCGUCGAAAUACCGUAUAAAGUGGGUGGUUACGAGAUGCUGAUCAUAUUGCCUGAUAAAAUGGACGCAGUUAAAGAUUUAGAAAACGUAUUCCUCAAGAGUUCUAAAAAUUAUGCGUACUUGCUGAACAACAUGACCAUCCACAAUGUCGAGUUAGAUAUACCAAAGUUUAAGUUUGAAUCUGAUUUGAAUCUCGAGAAUACUAUGGAAAAAUUGGGUUGCACCGAUAUGUUUUCGUCACGUGCCGAUUUUUCCGAGCUCAGCAAAUCAGCUCCUGGCAAACUGAGGGUCAGCAGUAUGAAACACAAGGCUUUCAUAGAUGUUAACGAAUACGGCACCGAAGCUGCUGCUGUUACUGGUACCAAUGUCGUGAAUUACAAUCUGGAAUAUGUUUUGAGUAAUAUCAAGAACGUUAAGUUCCAUGCGUGUCAUCCUUUCUUGUUCAUCAUCAAGAAAGAAAAAGACAUCAUUUUCAUGGGUAGACUGUCCAACCCGAACGCGUAAAGCGCAAUAUUGAUAUCACAAUGCAAUAUGUAUAAUAAUGAGAGACUUGGAUACCUAAAGAUAAGAUUUUUAUGAUUAAUUUUAUAUUGAAAAUUAUUAUAAUGAUCGUAAUUUUUUUUUAAAUAAUCAUAACACAAAA